GCGAUGACACACUUUGUCCCACUUUACUAAAUUUGGUCAGUGCUCACCGAAUAACCGAAACCCCCAUCCCCUAUAAAAAAAUCCAAUUUUCCAUCCCAUUUGUUCAUCAAAACUCAAAAAUUAUAUCUUUCGUAGUAAAUCCAACAAACAUUAAUGGCUACUCCAAGUGUACAACAAAUUCUUCCUGCAUCUCUUGAUUCUACUUCCGAACCGCCAGCCCUGUUUGAUGGAACUACAAGGUUGUAUAUCAGUUAUAUAUGCCCUUUUGCACAGCGUGCGUGGAUUACCAGAAAUUUCAAGGGUUUGCAAGAUAAGAUCGAAUUAGUUCCAAUUGAUCUUCAGAACAGGCCUGUUUGGUACAAGGAAAAAGUGUACCCUCAAAAUAAGGUGCCCUCUCUGGAACACAAAUCCAAAGUGAUUGGAGAAAGUCUCGAUCUGGUUAAAUAUAUCGACAGCAACUUUGAGGGUCCGUCUCUUCUACCUGAUGACCCUGAAAAACAGAAGUUUGCUGAAGAGUUGAUAGCUUACAGCGAUACGUUCCUGAAAGAAAUAUAUGGUAACUUCAAAGGAGAUAUUGAGAAGCAUGCUGGUGAGAUUCUUGAA